AUGCCCUCCAUGUCGCUCACACGUCUUCCAGCAGAGCUCAUUCACAUAAUCGUCAAGUUCAUCGAGGAAGCGCGUUAUCUCAACUCUCUGGCGCAAACAUGUUCGCGCUUACAUGUGCUGCUAAACCCAGUCCUUUACCAGAACAGCAAUCGCUCAUUACAUGGAUUUCCCCUUGUAUGGGCGGCAAAGAAUAGCGCGGAAGCGACUCUCAAACGAGCAUUUGAUGCUGGGGCUUCCACACACUCCUGUCAUUAUAACUUUAGACGAUCGCUCGUCGCGGCAGUGGACAAAAGUCAUGAGCCUAUCGUGCGCAUGAUACUGGAACAAAACAAAGACCCUGGUAUAUUCACGCAAGAUCAGAGAUGCGAGUUAUGUGAAGAUCAGAGAUCAGAAGCUGCCUCGAAAGUCUUACAUCCAUUAUAUUUGGCGGCAGUGCGUGGCAACGUGGGCAUUGUCAAUCUAUUGCUGGCCCAUAAGGUCACAUUCGAACAUGACCAUGACUGCUGCGGUGAAACAUGCUUCGAUCUGGUGUUUGCGGCAGUAGAAAACGGACACCUAGCCGUUGUGAAAGUUCUCAUCGAGGCUGGCUACGAUUUGAACGAUACACAAAGCGUAUAUUGGCACAAACAACCACUUCAUGCUGCAGUCCUCCAGGGUGAUACGAAGAUGGUUGAGUACUUGCUGGAUGGAGGGUCCGAACCCUCGCCUCAAGAGGAACCACCUCUCAUGUCUGCCGCUAGAAAUGGGGAUAUGGACAUUGUCAAAUUGCUCGUGGAGCGCGGAGCAGAUCCUAACAAGAGAUUUUGUGGCGCAACGGCUCUUUCUUGUGCGGCUGGCGAUGGCCACGCAGAAAUCGUGGAAGUGCUCUUAGACCAUGGAGCGGAUCCCGAUCCUGAUAUGGCUCAAGGUUGGCUGAGUACACUCUACCACGUAGCUAUACAUGGUCAACUGCAGAUCCUCGAUCUUUUGUUGGCGCGUGGAGUGGACAUACACCCCAAGGAGCCAACAAAAAAAUGCAUAUUGUUAUCAUCGAUAGUCGGAAAUACAAGCUGGCGAUCAGUUGAAAGGCAGAAACAGGCUGCUUUUGCUGAUUUCUUUCGAACCUUCGUCGACUUUGAGGACAUGAUAAACGACAAAGAUUACGAAACACAAGCCGAGAUCCUAUAUAUAGCCAUUGGCUAUGGGUGGGAUGAUAUCGCGAAGCGUGUUCUCGAGAAUGGCUUUUCUGCAGAUGGGAGCUAUCGUCGCUGCGAGACACGGUACGAGCGACCCAUACUUCAAGCCAUUGACAACGGCCAUAUUGGAAUUACAAAACUCCUUGUCGAGCAUGGUGCCAAUAUCCAGGAGUACCAGGGUGAAAUCAGGGUCCUUGUCGAGCGUGGCGCCAAUGCACAGGAGUACCCGGGAGAAAUUAUGGAUGAAGGCGCACUUUCCUUGGCAAUCCAAUUGGGCAAUGUACCAAUUGCAGAGCUUUUACUCGACCACGGGGCUGACAUAAACUGCGUAAGCAGUCGUGGAGAAACAGCUUUGGCCGAGGCUGCAAUGGUCUCUGCAGACAUGUUUCGCAUGUUGCUUGAUCGAGGAGCUGAUCCGACGAAAACUCCAGUAUCUGCUGACGGCACUUUCAAUCCAUCCUCUGGCGAGACCGCUAUCACUAGAGCAUUGUACUUCGGUGCAGUAGAUGUGGUGCAAAUAUUGGUGGACAGAGGAAUUGAAUUGGAAAUGCCUCCAUUGCCCAAGCAGCAACAGAGGCCCAGGAGUCACCAGGGUCCAAAUUUCCUAAAGAGUCCCAAGAAAUUAAUAGAAGAGGCAUUCUUGGGAGGAGAAGAAAUGGCGGAGUUGGUCUUGGAUCGGGGCCUGUUGAAGAUUGACCCUGAAAGCAGCGAAGCACAAGAAGGAUUAGUGCACGCUGUCCAAUUUGGAAUGACGGGAGUGGUGAAGCGGCUACUUGAACGAGGAGUUGAUCCCAAAUUGCCGUCACUCUACACCCAGCUAUCAUUGCUGGUGGCUGCAAUAUAUUCACCUCACACCGAAGGUAGCAGUAAUGCUACAGCCAUUCUUGAUCUGCUCCUAGCCCAUGGUGCUGAUAUCGAGGAACGGUGUUAUCCUGGUAUGACUCCCUUGUACCGGAUCGUCAUGCAUGUCAAUGCCAAAAAGGAGUGGGUUUGCGACCAAGCAGAGGUGCGACUUUUGCUGGAGAGAGGUGCAGAUCCCUUCGCGGAACAUGACCACUGGGGUGUACUUGUGACAGAGACAAGUGAUGCCCAUGCUCAUUCCGACUCGCCAUUCAUGAGUAGACGAUCAAUUCAAAGUCCCAAUACCGGGACUGAUGAUGAUGACGACGACCAUCCUCCCAGCAGAAUGGUCAAAUUUGUGCGGCAGCGCAACGGUUUGACAGGCCACGACGGACACGACGACCCAUUCCUAGCAUGUAUGAGGCUGGGCAACAAAGCAGUGCUCAAACUUAUGCUUGACGCAAUUGAUCGAAAAGGAAUUCCCUUGGAGGAGUUGAAGCAUAGACUUGACCAAGCCCGGAUUGAAGCGACCGAGAAUGGGAACCUGCGACUUCUACCCAUUAUAGAGGAUUAUUACUGGGCGAAAAGGUAUCCGUGCAAGUAA